AUGCAAGCCAUAGCCUCGCACAUAUCUGCCCAAGCCCUGUUCAUUUUCCAAAGUAUCCUCGAGGAUGCGCCCUUCCUCUCGUUACUUGUCAUUGUGACAUGGUUGAUUCAUCAAAUAUACAAAUUCCAUCUUGAAAAGUCGCCUAUAAAUGCGAUUCCAGGUCCCAAGUCAUGGCGCUGGACCGAUAUUCCACAUUCGCUCUACUUAUAUCUCGGUCCUGGGCAUGAAAAAGCAAGGGAGUUGCACCAAAAGUAUGGACCCGUUGUCAGAAUUGCUCCGCAUAGCGUACUUGUUGCUGAUAAGAACGUUGUCAAGCAGAUUCUCGUGACUGCUAAAGAUUAUCAAAAAGCCGAUAUCUACAAAACAAUCUUUGGAGCCGGGGUUCCUGGUUUACUUACAACUAUUGAUAAACAAGAACACAAACAACGCCGUCGGCUGUUAUCACCUGCAUUCUCGAUCGCUCAAUUGAAAUCUAUCGAACCAUAUAUAUCAAACACGGUCACAGAUUUGUGCGCUUUAAUUGAGAAAUCAAUUAAAAACGCGGAUGACGAUGGGUGGGCAAUUGUUGAUAUGAUGCACGCUUUGCGACUGAUGGCGUUUGAUGUCACGGGACAUGGUUCUAAUGCCGAUAUGGCGGAUCAAUUGAUCUGGGAAAUGACUCAACAGCUAUUUUCCCCUCUUCCCGUUUUAUCAUGGUUUGUGCCCUCAUUACCUGGGCCAAAGCUACGCAAGUUCUUGAUGAGUCUUGUUGAGGAACAUCGUCAGUCUGGUGAAGACAGAGUUGACGUCCUCAAAUAUCUACUUGAAUCCAAGGGGCCUCUUACUGAUGAGCAGAUUGUCAAAGAAUUGGUUUUAAUCUUCUUUGCGGGAACUGCUAGAACUUCGGUGACGCUGACGAUCACCCUCUUGUUGCUCCACUUGCAUCCAGAGAAGCUCACUAAACUACUCUCUGAAAUCCAUGCCACCUUCCCUGAUCCCAGCGAACCCGUGACGUAUACCAAGUGUAAGGAGAUGCAAUACCUUAACGCGGUUAUUAGUGAAACGAUGAGGUUCUAUCCUAUCGUGGGUCCUGGUUGGAUGCCAAGGAUCUUCCCAUACGAUUUAAGGGUUGGAGAUGUUGUUAUUCCAAAGGGCACCGAUAUAAUCAGUUCUAUAUAUACUUUGCAACAUAUGGAAGAGUAUUGGCCAAACCCUGACAAGUUCAUCCCGGAAAGAUUCUUCCCCGAGAACAAUCCAAGCUGGGACGCGUUCUAUCCAUUCAGUGCUGGAGAAAACAAUUGCAUUGGUAAGAACAUUGCGUGGGUAGCCAUGGACAUCGCGCUCGUCACACUCUUGCGCAAAUUUGAAUUGGAGCUCUUACCAGAGAGCGAGCAGACUAGGCAAUUGGUGAUGUUGUCUACGUUUACAGUCAAAGGCGAGUCGUUGAAGAUGAAAGUUAGGAGGCGAGCUGAGGUUAACCAGUGA